GACCUAUUACGCAGGAUUCUUAAGAUAUCGCGAGAAAUCUUACUCUGGUUUAUUCUCUAAGAACUCUGAAUGUAGCGAGGCUACCUUUUUCAUAGUCGCGCCGCUCCCUUUUCUGCCUCCCGAGAUGCUCUAUCCUAACUAUCUUCUGUGGCCCUUAAUUAAAACUGCAAGCUUAUUUCUGGAACUUCGGAGGAACUAUUUCGUGAAUGGAGGAAGCCGACUACAUUUCCCGUAAGCACUUGCAACCGCAAAAGUCCCACAGUUUGCUAUCAGUGGACGGUGGCCGGGAAAGGACAAUGGUUUCCAUGUCAGCAAAUAAACGCGCUUGCCUCCGCUCCUGGAGGUGAGGGAGGAUGUAGUACAGAGUACCUGCUGAGGAGCGAGGAAGCAACCAAGAGCUGAUGGCCGAUAGAGUAAGAGCCAUGCCUGUCCGGGGCCUAGUGGAGGGGCCAAACUUUGAACAUUUCAGGCGUCGCUUUUUCACGCCUGCCGAGGUCGCCCAACACAACCAGCCAGAGGACCUCUGGGUGUCUUACCUGGGAUACGUGUAUAACUUAACGCCUUUGGCAGAGAAGUACAAGGGAGACCUACUGCUGAAACCCAUCGUGGAAGUUGCUGGACAGGACAUCAGCCACUGGUUUGAUCCAAAGACCAGGGACAUCCGUAAGUACAUAGAUCCGCUGACUGGUUCGCUGAGAUACCGCACUCCGCGGGGCCGUUUUCUGCACAUCCCGCCUGAGCUGCCGCGUUCAGACUGGGCCAAUGAUUUCGGGAAACCCUGGUGGCAGGGAUCGGACUACGAAGUGGGACAGCUCUCUGCAAAGACCCGGAACAUACGCAUCAUUAACACACUCACAUCGCAGGAGCACACACUAGAGGUGGGGGCACUGGAAUCAAUGUGGGAAAUCCUACACCGCUAUCUCCCCUGUAAUGCACAUGCUGCCAGCUACACAUGGAAAUAUGAAGGGAAGAACCUGAACAUGGAUUAUACCCUGGAAGAGAAUGGGAUUCGGGAUGAGGAGGAAGACUUUGACUACCUCACUAUGGACGGUACACUCUACACACCUGCAAUACUGCUUUACUUCAAUGAUGACCUUACAGAGCUAUAGGGAAGGAGAUGUAUGCUCAUGUAGAUUCAAGACCUAUUUUGAGUUUGGCUGUUUCUGUACCCUGUAGGAAAAAGAUGGGAAUGGGUGAGGGGUGCUUACACCUAGACCUUCAUUCCACUGGGAACUGGCUUAUGGUUCCCAUGCUUUGCUGAAAUUUAAGUCCCUAUCCCCCAGGUCCAUUUUAAUUGCUCUGAGAAAUUUAGGGAGAAUGCUAGAAGUGAAUGAAUGAAUGUUUAGGAAUGGUACAAAAAGAUGAAGUGUCUUAGAUUAGGGAGAUAUAGAAAUACUGCUCAUGGAGAACUUUUUGAUAGUGAGAGAAAGAAAUACAAUACAGUGAUGAGAGAUGGAAGAACCUUUUUAGUAAAGAGGGAAAUGGAAUUGCUGCAGGAAGAUGGGAUUUGCAAAGACAGGAAUAGGAAAUGUCUCACAGACCAUAUAAAAUUGUCUUAAUUGCCUUUGAAUAAUAUCUGGCAACUAAAAUUCAAGGGGAAUAAAAGAAGUGGGUGGUUACCAGGGAAUUCAGACUAGAUAUUAUGCUAUAUACUUUUUACACCCUGUUUACUGUAACUGCCCUAUAAGAUGGAUACCAUCACCACUAUUUUACAGAUAAGUCUUUUGAAAUUUAGCACGAUUUAAUAGCAUAAAGGCAUACUAGCUAGUAAUUAAGAUAAAAACCCAAGUCUACUCAGUUCUAAAGUCCAUGUUCUUUUCAAUGUAGAGAGACUAUCUCAGUGUCUGAUUUCAUGCUAGUAUUUGUAACCAUUGCUUCUCAGAACAAAUGUUUGGGAUGUGGGUUUGCCCUGGCCUUGCUGCACAGUGGGAACUAUAGGCCUUUUGUGUAGUCAAAUUCUUUCUGCAGUUAUUAUCUUUGGAAGGGAGUUAGCAGAGCUCUGCAGUGGCAGAGAGGCGGCAAGGAAGGCUAAGUGUUAGCUGAGCUAUAGAUAACUGUUGAACUCUACUUUCUGACUGAUCUCAUAACAAAAUUUUUCCUCUGACUUUUGAGACAAAGAAAUGGGUGAGUAUUUACUGACUCCAGGAAAAACUAGGAUGAGAACAGGGCCUUAGGACUGGGACACUUGGGUGAGAGGGCAAAAAGAAAGCAAACUGCACAGUAUAUUCAGGAUGGGCCAUGUCUCUUAGGGAAGGUGAGGCUAACAGGGUAGACUUCACAGACGGUGACUUUGUAAGAGGGGGCUUGACAGGGGUAAUGAAAUGUGCCAAGUGUCAGAAAACUGAUGAUUAUAGAACAACAAAUUUAGGGGGAGGAGUAGUGGCUAGGUGAUUCCCUUUAACUUAAACAUGGGGAGGUAAUGAAAACUGACAGAUAAAUUUCCUGAUAGUAGCAGGUAAAAACUCAUCAGGCAGAGGUUAGGGUAUCGUCCUGAAAGGUGGUCCCUAGGUGCACUGGGUGGUCUACAUAGAAGUUUUCUGAGGAGUUGACUGUGAAACACAUGGACAAAAAUGGAGAUAUAUUGGCUUUAGCAAUAUCUCAUCUGAGUUUCCAGUUUCAUGUAAUGCAAAAGUCCAUGAAUUACCUGCAUCAUUUUGAUGUUUAAUCAACUCAACUCUGAAGUUGUUUCAUAUGCCUCGUUUGUUCAGUUGAGCCCUUAAUGAUUUGAAAACCAUAGCUAUGCUUUUACCAUAGUACCAGCCUCAUAGCCUGUGCCUGUGGGAUCUGCUCAAACCUACCCCUUUUCCAGAAUCUCCCACAUCAGCACCUCUUGCCAGAAACACACUCAUCUCCUUACUCAACCAGCCACUCUCUAAGUAGCUUCUUUCUUAUAAAUAUCUUUGGAGUCUGUCUUCUUUCCUCUACUGCUAUGGAAACUUCCUAACCAUUUCCUCUUCUGUCCUAACACAGCAGAGUGAGUUCUGAAAAAAACAAAUCUUACUGACUUUCCUCCUUCAGAUUCUUCAGUGGUUUCCAGUGCUAAAUUCAGUCCCUUCAUACAUCAGCCUCUGACUACCUUGCAUAUCUCAUCUUGCUUCACUCCUGUUACCUGUGUUCCAGCCCCCUAAACUGGUUUUCAGUUUGUUAAAUGUCGUCUUGCCCCAGAGUGACAAAGACUAUUCUCUCUUGCAACACUGUUCCAUCCAUUUUCCACCUAGCUCAUCUUCCUCUGGGAGAUCUUUUCUGGCUUAUUAGUGGCCAGAACUUUGAGUUUUAUAUCAUCAUUUACAAACUUUUAUGUCAACACUGUAAAUAUUUCAGAGUAGUUAUAAUUUUUAAAUGAUGGAUGUACAUAGUUGGUUGGCUUCUAGAUUGUAAGCUCCUGAGGGCAGAUGGUAUCCAAUUUGCUCAUUGCUGUAUUCCCAGUUUGGGGGGCAGGCACACAGUUGCUGCUCAAUAAAUUUUCAUUGAAUGAGGUCAAUAUUAAGUGAAUUCAUCUAUCAAUAAAAGCUAGUAGAUGGGGUGUUGUGUCCUGGGAGGCAAAGUGGGACCAAUAAAUAAGACACCUGAAUCCCGUGCUGCAAUCUCUACCCAUACAUUUCUCUUUAUUUGCUCUCCAGAGAUCCCAGUUCAAAAACUUCCUCUAAAUAGAGGUUUUGGGGUUAAACUCCCAGUCGUUUCCUCUUAUGGCCACCAGAGGGCUGUAAUCGCCUACAGA